CUGUACACUUUUGGGCGAUAGGAAGAGGUUGGGACAAUAAAUAUUAAUGUCCUUUUAUUGGUUAUUUAUUUGACUGGUGUUUCACACUGUUUCCUGUGAAAAUGGCUUCUUCAACAUUGAAGGUAUGUCCAAAAUGUGAUGACAACUCUGAAAGGGGUGGGUGAACUGUGACACUAUGACUGUCAGAAGGUUAACUUCUCGAAACCUCGUCUAGUAGACGUCUUCAGGCCUGGAGAAACUUUGUCCGUCAUCAUGACUUAACAACAGGUGUGCGCGGGAUGAGCGUGAGAGGCCGAGCAUGGCCAGGUUUGACUGUCUUCCACCACGAGGAAGGUUGAUGCACUGGCUCAAGUCGCUGCGGAUCACACGGGUCAUUGCCGUCCUGCUCCUUGUGCUGGUAAGCGUGGCCUUGAUAACCCACUAUUACCUGUCCAACAUGAGCACAGAGCCUGUCAGGGAAGGCUCACAGAGACGCAAACCCCUUGGAGAUGCCAUCGUUGAUCCAGAUCUCAUCAAAGGGUCCGACCUGGAGUACCAUGUAGACGAGCUGAAACGAAUCAAAUCCUCGGUGGCCAAGGAGUUACGGGACUUGGAGAGUAAGCGCCAGAAGCUGCAGACAGAGAUCUCGGGGUACACUACCCACAUUGACAGCCUCAAGUCUGAGUAUGAGCGGUUGACCAAGGACCUUCAGAUGCUCAAGAUCACCAUCAACCAGGCUAAUAUGGAGAAAGAGGAAGCUUUCAUGAAAACUCUGCCGGACAUCAAAGCCCCGCAGCGCAUCCUGGCAGGCCUGGAGGAUAACGUGAAUGUUGCAUCGCCGCGCUCCCCGCUGUCCUGCAGAAUGCACUCAUGCUUUGAUUACUCACGUUGCUCACUGCUGUCGGAGUUCCCGGUCUACUUCUACAGUCCCAGUGACUAUGGCAUGGGGUUAUCGCCAGUAGAGCACUUCGUUGAGAGGUCUGUGAGCGAGGCAUUCGGUGUGACGCCGUAUGCCGUCAGCGAUGGCGAUCUCGCAUGUUUGUACGUUGUUCUGAUUGGAGAACUGCAAGAUGCGUUGUUCAGCACAGCUACGCUGGAGGAGACGCUGCGCAGUUUGCCUUACUGGCACGGGGAUGGCAGGAACCAUGUGCUGUUAAAUGUCGCCAGGACGCAUUCCAAUGUGGACAUCUUCGAUGACGUGGAUACAGGAAGAGCUUUCCUCGUUCAGUCCACUUUUACCUCCAGGAAUUUCAGACGUGGGUUUGACAUAGUGUCUUCACCAGCUCUCGGUGUGGCCAACGGUGAAGUCUGGCAGGGUUUGCCUCCCCUGUCACCACUGAGACGGAAAUAUCUGUUAACAUUCCAGGGUGAGUACCUCGCUCCGCAGCCAGCCUCUAUUAAGACCAACGCCAACAAGAAUAAUGUGCUGCAAGAAAUAAAUAAUCAAAGACAGCUUCAAAGUGUUUCUGAAGUGGCUAAUUUGUUGAGUCUUGAAAAGACAGUCGUGGACACGCUCAAGAGAAUGCAGUCUGUGUCAGAAGACGGGUUUAACUUUCAGUUUGCAUGUGAGGGUUCCAAGUUACUGGGUGCGGUCAGCGAGUGGUCGCUAUGCGGGACUGACCAGUCAAGGCAGAACUUCUUGCAGGAUUCUACCUUCACACUUAUUUUGACUCCCACAAAUACUAGUCUCGUGUCCACUGUUAUAACUCAGAUCCGUCUUUAUGAGGCACUGAGGUAUGGUGCUGUUCCUGUCAUCCUCGGUGACCACCUUGAGCUGCCGUUCUCCGAGGCCAUUGACUGGCGCCGUGCAUCCAUUAUCCUUCCGAAGGCACGUCUCACCGAGCUACACUUUUUUGUGCGCACCUACACAGACACUGAGAUUUACACUCUGAGGCAUCAGGGACGUUUUCUCUGGGAGACGUACUUCGGCUCUACAGAGCGGCUUGUAGAGACUUUACUGGCUGUUGUACGGACCAGACUACAAAUCCCCCCUGUACCAGUCAUGGACUCCCCCAGCCCUAGUAUUUUUAACACCUCGUUUAUCCCCCCUAAGUUAAGUGCUCCUGAUUUGGACCCUGAGACUGACGACGUGUUGGGCCCGAUUGAACAGCCAUUUCCUUCACCCAUGUUCCGUAGGAACUUCACAGUGACAUUUGAGGAGUUUAAUCAUCCUCGUGACCCCUUCCAUCUCUACCCUAAUUCCCCAUUCGACAAAAAGCUGUCCUCCGAGGCCAAGUUUUUGGGCUCUGGGUUAGGAUUUCGGCCCAUCAACAAAGGGGAGGGUGGAGCAGGGAAGGAGUUCAAUGAAGCCCUGGGUGGCAAUUACCCCAGGGAACAGUUUACAGUUGUGAUACUAACUUAUGAGAGGGAAGCUGUGCUCAUCAAUGCCCUUCAAAGGUUCAAAGGUCUACCUCAUCUUAACAAGGUCAUUGUGGUCUGGAACAACCCUACACUCCCUCCAGUUGAAAUGAGAUGGCCUGAAAUUGGAGUCAAAGUCCAUAUUGUGAAAGCAGCCAAGAACAGUCUGAAUAACCGCUUCUUGCCAUACGAUGCCAUAGAAACAGAGGCCGUGUUGAGUAUAGACGAUGACGCCCAUCUACGCCAUGAUGAGAUUAUUUUUGGUUUCAGGGUGUGGCGAGAGGAAAGGGACAGGAUUGUAGGGUUCCCGGGACGUUUCCAUGCCUGGGAUUUGUCCCACAAGUCCUGGCUGUACAAUUCUAACUAUUCCUGUGAGCUCUCCAUGGUUCUCACAGGGGCAGCUUUCUUCCAUAAGUAUUACGCCUACAUGUACAGUCACAUCAUGCCUCAGGCCAUCCGAGACAAAGUGGAUGAGUACAUGAACUGUGAAGACAUUGCCAUGAACUUCCUAGUCUCCCAUCUCACGAGGAAGCCACCUGUCAAGGUGACGUCACGCUGGACGUUUCGCUGCCCUGGCUGUCCACAGGCUCUGUCAGGUGAUGAGUCCCACUUUGAGGAGAGACACAAGUGUAUUAACUUUUUUGUGGAAGUGUACGGCUACAUGCCGCUGUUAUACACACAGUAUCGUGUUGACUCGGUCCUGUUUAAAACUCGACUGCCUCACGACAAACAAAAGUGUUUCAGAUACAUUUGAGGCUGUAGUGUCACCAAUCAGCUGGAAAGUGCCAGACUUGGUGUCACCAAUAAGCUGGAAAGUGCCAGACUUGGUGUCACCAAAAAGCUGGAUAGUGCCAGGCUUGGUGUCACUAAUAAGCUGGAUAGUGCCAGGCUUGGUGUCAACAGUAAGCUAAGUGCCAGGCUUGGUAUCACCAGUAAGCUAAGUUCCACACUUGGUGUCCCCAAUAAACUGGAUUCAGGAAGCAUGGAGUUUGGGAACAUUGGACUACUGAUUUCAACAAGACUGAGGUGAGGGAAAACAUGAGGGUGUGCAUGCUGAACCAGACAUGAGUUACGAACUAGGAACUACUUGUGGCUUUUGUAUGGAAAACUAUAACUACAGAGAAGAGAAACUUCAAGAGAAAGUGACCAGGGCUGAGAUGGAAGGGACCAAGAUACAGCAGAACAGAGACAAGGCUAACCAAAAUGGACAAGAUGUUGACAGUUCAGUGGUAUGACACUGGUAUAAAAGUUGCAUCUUUCCGUUGUUUUUUAAAUUACAAGCUUGAGUUCAGCAAUAGGCACCAAAAUUGGUCAAGUAUUUGUUUUAAGAUGUUUUAGCUCAUACCUUCACACACGUGUAACUGUUUCAUCAGCCAAGAGCUUUCAGGUCAUCAGCGAAAUUGAAUUGGAAUACAUGUGUGUUAUAGUUUGAAAAGCACACAAGGAUUUUGAGAGAAGGAUUCAUCCCAACCUACAUUACAUGUGGUGUUGUUACAGUUGAUAAAUAUAUGAUCACGGAUAUAUUGUGAGAGUUUCAGGACUUUCACUUAUGUUCAGAGUAAACUUUCAUCAUCCAUCGUUGUAUUUACUCUCUUAAGUUAUCUCCCCUAUGUGCUUGUCUCCCCUACCUGUCAAUCUGUACAUGAACACAACUGUCUCACAUCUGUCAGAGGUGGGCUUCUUCUCCACCCAUGCAUUGGAAGAUCUGCAGCAAUCGGUGCAUGGUUUUGGGUUUCCUCAAACCAUAAUGCUGGUCGGCGUCGUAUGAGUGAGAUAUUCUUGAGUACAGCGUAAAACACCAAUCAAACAAAUUAAAUCUACCAGAGGUAGUGCUGGUUGUCUCUUGUGCAACAGUGGGUGUCUCAUAUACAGGUAAGGUAGGCUCUCACACGACCUACGCACAUCUAAGUAGGAUGAGUGAAUAAGUUUGCCAUGUUGAUAUCACAUUGGCAAUGUACAUGCAUCAGUCCUGUUGUGUCUGCUGUAGCAGAAGGGUAAAUCAGCAGCCAUUUUGGAGGAAUGUUACCAUUACUUGUAUAGCAGUUGUGCACCAAUAUGACUGACAAAAGUUGAUCAUGGAAUCCAUUGCAUCGCUCAUUAAUUCUGUUAAUAUUAGCCUAGGGUACAUUCCAUAAUUAUGGAUUGAAUGUCAGCUGGAAUAUCAGUUGUAUUGAACAGAAAUGUUAAUGUUCUCAUGUUAUGCCUGCAGCGCUGGUGAGCAUAGGCGAGCUCUGAUGAGCAUCAGGACACAAGCAGAGGUACAUGGCUCUGGUGAUCAUAGACCAGGUCUGAUAAGCGUCAGGACACAAGCAGAGGUACAUGGCUCUGGUGAGCAUAGACAAGCUCUGAUAAGCAUCAGGACACAAGCAGAGGUACAUGGCUCUGGUGAGCAUAGACUAGCUCUGAUAAGCAUCAGGACACCAGCAGAGGUACAUGGCUCUGGUGAGCAUAGACGAGCUCUGAUAAGCAUCAGGACACCAGCAGAGGUACAUGGCUCUGGUGAGCAGAGAUGAGCUCUGAUAAGCGUCAGGACACAGGCAGAAGUACAUGGCUCUGGUGAGCAUAGACAAGCUCUGAUAAGCAUCAGGACACAAGCAGAGGUACAUGGCUCUGGUGAGCAUAGACUAGGUCUGAUAUGCAUCAGGACACAGAGGUAUAUGGUUGUUGAUUACCUGUAUCUUGAAAACUUCUCUUCUCCUACAUUAGUUGUGCCAACCAUUUGAAGUUCAGCAGAAAGUUCUGAGAUGUACCUGCACGAAACUUUUAUAGUCAUUUUUAGUCACAUUGUGUUUUUAGAAGCUGUUUGUGUCUGGGGUGCUUUUCAAACUUUUCAACUUUUGCUACAACGCCUAUCAUUCAUUCCGUGUGGGAAUACUUUUGAGUUAGCAUCUUUCCAUUUAUGUCUUAUAAGAGAAUCCACUUGUUAUGAGGAUGUUUUUCAGAGUGGUAUGUAACUUACUGUAAUUCUUCAACCUUUUCACAUGUUUGCAACUUGCUGUUUAUUCAAGCUUAUUCCGAGGGCAUUAUUCUAUGUACCCUUUUUUUUUCAACUUUUUCAACCUGCUUAGCAAACAACAUUUUGAAACAUUCUGAGAGAGCUGUAUAGAGAGAUAGUUUGCACAGUUCAGAAUUUUUAUCAGUCUUGUAUCUUUAAUCACACAAACAAAUCAUUUUUAGUGCCUUUUUCAUAAUUAUUGUAUGCAUAACUAGUAUUGAAAAAAGUGGUUCAUUGGUUGAAAACAUUGAAGAUUUACUAUAGAUUGAUAAAACUAGAAAUUGACCAACCAAGACAAAUGUAGUUUUGUCUGUGAAGUGGAACUGAAAAUGUGCAUAAAUCGUGCCGAAAGUUGCUCUUUCAUAUGCGAAAAGGUUGAGGAAUUAGAGUAGUGUUGGCAAUUUCUCCUCUGACCUAGUUCCGAGAGUACACCAUAUGAUGUCCAGUAGGUGUUUCACCUCUUACAACUCUUUUAACCCAAGAUCACUUUCAUUAUAAGGAUGCAGGCAUCAUUGCUAUAAAAAUAUUCCAUCCAAAGAUCAGAACUACGUUCUUUAUAGCGAAAUAUUAACUUGACUGCUGCAAUCUUCUUGUGUGAGGUCAACUUUACAAGGACGCCAUGAGUCACUUGUGUUACAGCUGUCUUAGCAAAAGAUCACCCAUUGCUAUAUCCCCUAUGGUCUAAUGUUGCGUUUGCUACAACUCGCUUUAUAGCCAAAGAUCACCUUUGCGAC